CUGGAAAGGAAUUGAUACACUAUGCAUAUAUAUAUUUUUUUCACAUGAAAGUUUUUCAGAUGUAACGGUGACUACAUUGUAAGUAAAGUAAAACCCCCUCUAAAUUUGAACAAGCGAGCAGCAAAAUGAGGGGCAAAAACAACUACCAGGAAAUAGGGGAAGAGUCACCCUAGACAAACAGCAAAUUCCAAAAUCAGAGAAAGAGAGAAUUAGGUCUGAAAACAAAAAUUACAGAAAGGAAAAGAGAAAAAAGUCAAUCAAUCCCAUUAGGUGCGACGGCCGAAAGCUAACGCAACGAACAAUUGGUGCGCCGAAAGGAUUCCUUCUCCACCUUUUUUGAUUUUCCUGCCCCUUGCUUCUUUCACGCAUUUUGUCAAACAAGUUGGACGCGUUUUCGAUGCUUCCGAUUACCGCUUUCAUCGACUCCACCGCCGUCAGCUGCUGGAGCCUGAGAAUUGCCGGACCGAACAAGCUACCACCUGCGCCCACUGCCGCAGCCGCGUCUUCACCGUCUGAGGAUUCUCCCCUGUACACACAAAACACCCCACCGAUCCAAUUCAAUUCAAUCCAAUCACUUUCACGAUGAACAAGCAAGAGAAACUGAAAUUUGAAAUCGUUAAUUUUGAGUUGAAUUAUACCUGGGCCGAAGAUGGCGCGGGCCGGGCUGCCGACGGGAGACGGCGAGUCCGGGUCGCAGUCGGAUGACGCCGUGUGCGAAGACGGCGUCUCCGUGAACGACUUGGAGACGGAGUCGUUGUAGUGCUUGUUGACGGCGUAGUACAGCCCCAGCGCCGGCAGGGUGUUGGAGAGCCGACGAUCGACCUCGGGGGAAUCGAAUCCGAAUCCCAGCUCGAUGCAAGCCUUGAGCUCGUCGACGUCCUCGUCCGUCACGCUCUUGCUACGGCGGUUUUUGCUGCUCUUUUUCCGCCUCAGCCACGCCUCGUCCCGGUAUAUGUCCGGCGACCAGGAGUGCUGCUUGUAGAGCGGCGCCGCCGCCCUCGCCAACGGGUGUUUGAACGACGGCGGUGGAGGCAGGAAGAACAACGGCUGGUUGGACGGUGGGGGAGGAGGCGGCGGUGGUGGAGGUGCGGAGGAGGAGGGGUGGUGGUGGCCUGUCAUGGCACAGCCCCGGCGGCGGAGGUCAGAGGACCUCGCGGCGGCGGCCGCCUGUGGGAGGAGAGAGGGAGGGGGAGAGCUUUGUUGGAGAGAGAAAGGAAUGGAGUGGAGAGGGGCUUUUAUUGGGUUGAGGUGGUGGAGUUUGUUGGGCCCACGACGGCCCGUGAUACAAUUGGGCUAUUGGUUGGUCGGUUUGGGUUAUGAUGAUGACCUGUCAAAAGGAGACAAACCGGCCGCUGUCCGCUGCGCCAAUCGCAAUGCAACCUGGUGGAAUUGGAAAUGCGAGGAUUGAAAGGAAUCAGCUCUGAUUAGAUAGGAAGAACGAAUUAGAAGAAUCGAGCUAGCGAGAGAAUUAGGGUUUCGAUUUGAAGUUUCUCUGUCGAUUCAAUUUCUGCCGGAGAACCACCCCGGAAAAGAUGUGGCACGAGGCGAGGAGAUCGGAACGGAAGGUCCACGACAUGAUGGACGCGGCUCGGAAGCGAGCGCAGCGGCGAGCGGUGUAUUUAGCGAAGAGGAGAGGCGACCCACAGCAAUCGAUUCAGGUCCUCGGCAAUCGCUGCCGCAUGUACCGCGACGAUGGCCUCUACCAAGCCGCUGAGGAUCAGCAGGGAUUGAUACCUUGGAACGGGAAGGACGAUGUGCUGAUUGACAGAUUCGACGGCCGGGCGCUUCUCGAUUUUAUUAGGGAGGCCGGCUCUCGAAACUUCCGGCAGCCCGAGAAAUCGGAAGAAGAGGAAGAACUGGAAGAGUUUGUUAGUUUUGAGCGUUAUCGGGAUUUAAUUAAGCUUCGGCGUAGAGGAUGUCGCUGCUAUCUACCUCUCGAGGAACUGCUUGGGACUAGGUUUUACAAGCUUGGGUUUCUGUGUGUUGUAACAGUGAAUGAUGAAGAGGGUUUGCGUCAUGUGAUGCAAGAGAUGGAAGCCAAAGCGAUUGCUCCAUUUGUUUCCAACAGCAAAUCUCAGCAGUCACAGCCUCCUGCUAACAAGGGUACAUAUUCACAAGUGGGGUUUUCUUAUGGUGGAGACGGAAAAGAGGAGGAGAAGCUAUCAGAUGGUGAUGAUGAUGAAGACGACGACGAUGAGGAUGAGGAUGAAGAAGAUGAGGACUUUAACAGUGAUGACAGCGGUGAUGAAGGGAUUGAUGUUAUUGCAAAAGAAUUUGGAGUUAAGAGGUUUGGUUGGCUUGUGUAUAUGGAUAAAAAGGCGAAAGAAGAGGAGAAAAGGCAGAAGGAAGUUAUUAAAGGCGAUCCUGCAGUUAAGAAGUUGAGUCGCAAGGAAAGAAGGAAAGCUUCUCAGGUAGAGAGGGAAAAAGAGAGGGAAGCUGCUAGAAUCACUGGGACCAGAUUGCUGCGUCAUGAUCCCUACCGGGAAUCUAGACGUAGUCCAACUUAUGAAGCUUAUUCUCGUUCCAGAAGAUCAAGGUCGAGAUCAUACUCUCCAUCACACUCUAGACGUCACAGCCGUGCUGGUCACUCUGACGAUAUUCAUCGAAGCAAAGCUAAGAGUCCUAAGAUAGAGUAUAUCACUGAAUUUGGGGGCUCUGCUACUGCCGAAGAGCCGAAGUUUAAAGGAUAUUCUCCACCACCAUCUCCAUCCCGGACUGAUUUGGUGAACCGGUCGGAGCACUUCGACCUUUUCAAUUCUUGCAAAAAGAUAGUUUAUCUAAAGUUUCUGCUUUCCUGCAGGCCAUCAUCUGGUCGUAUACUUGAGGCCCUUCAUGUUGACCCAGCAUCUGGUGUAUCUCUUGACAAGGAUAAAACUGCGAAAGAGUUGAAACCUUCUGCAAGCUGCAGCAGCUCCUCAGGGUUAUCAAAACUAAGCAAGACAAUUGUUUCUGGGGGAGCUGUAAAGCAACAGGCAGGGGAGAAAAAGGAAACUCCGCAGGAGAGGCUUAAAAGGAUUAUGAACAAGCAGCUAAAUAAACAAAUUAAGAAGGACACCGUUGCUGAAAUGGCUAAAAAGAAAGAUCUAGAGCGGCAGAGGAUGGAGAAACUAGCAGAAACAAGUCGGAUUAGUCGUUAUAGACGGCGUAGCCGCAGCAGGAGUCACAGCCGUUCUCCGCCAAGCCGAAAGAACCGACACAGCAGAAGUCGAAGUAGGAGCAGGAGUUCACGGAGGCACCAUUCGAGAUCGCGCUCACGUUCACGCUCCCGGUCUCGUUCUCCGACCCAUUCGCGGUCUCACUCUCGCUCUCCUAGAAGAAGGAGCAGAUCAAGAUACUAGUGGCUGGUAACCGAAUGUUAUGGUUGCAGGGGAAGAAGAUAGGUUACCACGUCCAGUGUCGCUGCCAUGUGCGUCUCCCCUGCUAUUUUCUCUUAUUAUUGUGUUUUAAUCUGACAAGAAGUUGCACUUCAUCUCAUGCAUGAAUGAGAAAGUAUGAGCCUCUAUAUACGUCUGAUUUUCACCUCUGAUUCGGGAGAACCUUGUGAUGCAAGGCAAUGUGAUUUUGUUAGCAAUCAGCAUCCUUUUAUCAAAGGAGAAACCAUCCACUGUUUAGGACUCGUGAAUCGACUGUACGCAGUGAGUAGUUUGUCAACCUGCAAGCGACAUGCUGAGCAGAAUGGCGAGCAGGCCACUCAAGUUUUACCUAUUGAGAGGAAGAUAGUAAACUUUUUAAGUUGAUGGAUUGCUGUGCUAGAGAUAUUCAGCACACGCUUAUUAAGCAAGGAAAAGUGAAGACGGGUAUAAUGUAGGGUUUUAAGUUUCCCGUUGAGCUUUGAUGCAAGAUCCUAUAGUUAUCUUUAAUAGCAGUUUACCGCAAGGAGUACCAUUCACUUUUUCCCCAAAACGUCAUUUAGGCACUAAACCCUGUGGGAACCAUUGAGAAGGUCUUAAACAUUUAGAUUCUAAAUGGGCG